AUGCGCAGCCUUUUCGGUCUGUUCGUGGCGGCGGCUGUCGUCCAGUGCUCGCGAAAUCGGCUCCAGGAGCUGAAUGAGCUCCCAGCCGAACGCCCGUCCAGAUCGGACCGACGACGAAUCGAGAGCGUGACGGUUGAGAAGGAGAAGCAGGCCGAGCUUCAGCCUCGAGUUUUCCUGCACCCAGUCUCGCACUCAUCCCCUGGAAAUGCUUUGAUGUCGGAGAAGCCUCAGCCCAAGGACCUGAUCGUGUCGAGCGAUUUGGGUAACUUGAUGCUUGGCGCUGUCAUCCAGCCUCCUUUGCCGGGUGCCACACAUCCGCCGCGGACUACACGAAAUCCGCUGGACGGCACUGAUGCCCCAACCACCACCCCAUUCGCCAUCCACGAUGUACGGCCAGCGCCCAAGGCCGCUUCCUUCAAAAACGCUCUAUUCGGCGGAGCCACACACAACAGCCAGAUUCUGCGCGGCGACUGGAUCAAGCGCGAGGACUCCGAGGAGGAUGAAAGCGAGGAGAAGCCAAAGAAGCACUCUCAUAAGAAGAGCGAAAAAUUACCAAAGGAGAGCCACGUCUCCACCACUUUCCACACAACCGCU